UCUAGAGAACUCGAACUACCUUUACACAUCAAAAAAAUAGAAUAGAAAAUGGCAGCACUACGUUUGCGCCACCUCACUCCAUUUGCCCCCUUUAUAUCUAUCACCAAACGGCCCCUACAUUCGUCACAUUUACACACGCACUCCAUCUCCCGCAGUAAAAUCAAACGCUUCUCAUUUACAGUAAUGGCUUCCUCUGCUAAGAAGGUUUUGGUGCCGGUUGCGAAUGGAACGGAGCCGCUGGAGGCUGUGAUAACUAUUGAUGUGUUGAGGAGAGCUGGCGCCGAUGUGACCGUCGCGUCGGUGGAGAAACAGCUAUGUGUUGAUGCUUGUCACGGAGUGAAAAUCGUCGGCGAUGCCCUUAUUUCUGAUUGCGCUGAUACUGCGUAUGAUCUUAUUUCUCUUCCGGGAGGAAUGCCUGGUGCAGCCACACUUAGAGAUUGCAAAACAUUGGAAAGCAUGGUGAAGAAGCAGGCUGCUGAUGGCCGCCCAUAUGCUGCAAUAUGUGCAGCUCCUGCAGUUGCACUUGGAUCAUGGGGUCUCUUGAAGGGGUUGAAAGCAACUUGUUACCCAUCAUUUAUGGAGCAGCUAUCAUCUUCUGCUACUGCUGUUGAAUCAAGAGUCCAGAAGGAUGGGAAAGUAGUGACCAGUCGAGGACCAGGAACAGCUAUGGAGUAUUCUGUAACCCUGGUCGAACUACUUUAUGGGAAGGAAAAAGCUGAUGAAGUUUCUGGACCACUGGUUAUGCGCUCAAAUCACGGGGAUGAGUAUACAUUCGCUGAGCUAAAACCAAUCAAGUGGACAUUUGGGGAUAGUCCACAGAUUCUUGUACCCAUUGCUAAUGGAACCGAGGAGAUGGAAGCUGUUAUAAUGAUAGAUGUACUACGACGAGCAAAAGCUGAAGUGGUGGUGGCAUCUGUUGAAGAUAAAUUAGAAAUCCUGGCUUCCAGGAAAGUUAAACUUGUCGCGGACGUUCUUCUAGACGAGGCUCUAAAACGUUCUUAUGACCUUAUUGUUUUGCCUGGCGGACUUGGUGGUGCACAAGCCUUUGCCAAAUCAGAGAAGCUCGUAUUUUCACUGAAGAAGCAAAGGGAAGCAAAUAAACCCUAUGGGGCAAUAUGUGCUUCGCCAGCUUUAGUUUUUGAGCCCCAUGGCUUGUUGAAGGGUAAGAAGGCCACUGCUUUCCCAGCUAUGUGCAACAAACUGUCGGAUCCAAGCGAAGCAGAAAAUCGAGUUGUGGUCGAUGGCAAUCUCAUCACUAGCAGAGGUCCAGGAACAGCCAUGGAGUUUUCUUUGGUGAUCACAGAGAAACUAUUCGGACAAAAGAAAGCAUUAGAUCUGGCCAAGACUAUGCUUUUUGUACAGCAGUAGAGGCUGUAGCACACGCCUCUGGUAACACCUCGACUCUCUCGAUGAGUAUUGUCUUUCAAAUGGAGUUAACAGUCUGAGUUUGAUAUGUAAUCUUGUUAAGCUAUUAGAAAGUAAUAAAUGAGUCUUUGGAGAGGGAAAUGUUCUGUAUUCUGGGCUUGUUACUCAUCUUUCGAAUGAAGUUGACAGUCUUGAGUUCUGUGUGUAAGCUAUUACAAAGUAAUAAAUGGUCAUUUUGUAGAGGGAAAUGUUAUGUAUUCUGUGCGCU